GUUCGAAGCGGAGGCGCGAGCUGUGGAAAGAUGGCGGCUCGGCCGCGGCGGCAUCGUUCGCGGUGUGCACAGCUUCCGGGGGGUGAUUUUUGUGAUGCCGCUAAGAAAACAACUGACAAACACUCUUGUACGACUUCUAUGGAGUGGGACACGCAGGUAGUGAACGGGUCCUCGCCGCUUGGCCCCGCAAACCUGGGGGCAGAGGAGCUGCCAUCUGGCCCGCGGCUGCCGUCGUGGUUGCAGCCCGAGAGGUGCGCGGUGUUCCAGUGCGCGCAGUGCUACGCCGUGCUCGCUGACUCUGUGCACCUUGCCUGGGACCUGUCGCGGUCCCUAGGAACCGUGGUCUUCUCCAGAGUCACAAAUAACGUGGUUUUGGAAGCUCCCUUCCUAGUUGGAAUUGAUGGUUCGCUCAAAGGCAGCACUUACAACCUUUUAUUCUGUACUUCCUGUGGGAUUCCCAUUGGUUUCCAUUUGUAUUCUACCCAUGCUGCUCUGGCUGCCUUGAGAGGUCACUUUUGCCUUUCCAGUGACAAAAUGGUAUGCUAUCAGUUAAAAACAAAAGCCAUAGUAAAUGCAUCUGAGAUGGACAUUCACAACUUGUCUCUACCAGAAAAAGUUGCAGAGCUGAAAGAGAAGAUAAUGUUAGCACAUACUCACUUAAAUUCACUGAUGAAGAUUCUGAAGGAAGUAACUCCGGACCAGCCCAAGUCAAAAAACUGAUCCAGAAUUAAAGCUUAAGUAUCAGGUUCAGGCCUUAUUACUAUCUUCUAUCAACAAGUGCUAUUUGAUCAAUUCUCGAGAAAGAUCGGCUUCAAGAAGGGAUGGGAACUGUGGUUUAUUGUGCUUACCUCUAGGCUGAUUUUCCAAAUGAUUUGAGAAGCUGCUUCUUAAGAUGAGAAACUAAGGAAGCUUCUGUCCAGUUUUUAUAGCUAUUUGCCUUAUGAACUUAUUUUAGCUUGUCAAUGUCAUAAAUACUUAUUUCUGAAAACCUAUUUUACUGCAAAUUUAGGUUGAUUAGGAAGCAAUGUCCUGUGAAUGGUCUGAUAUAAAGAUGCAAGGUUGUUAGGAAAAUAGAGUUGUAUUUAAUGUUGACUACUGUUAUUUCUACAUGGAGCAGUUGUUAUGGUGAAGACCGAGAAACCAUUUUUUUUCUUACAUAAAAUAUAGGUACAUACAUGUUCUGUAGAUAAUAUUCAAUAAACUAACUGGAUAAUGUA